UUUCAGAUUCUGGAUGCAAUACAACAGGGAGAAUAGUCGAUCAGACAAGAAUUUAAACAGCUCGAUUUUUAAAGGAGUGGUCAGAGAUCGGACCAAGAAGUUCUUUAGCUUCAAAACUAGUGGGAAAUAUCAAAGUGAUAGGUUCAAAAUACAGCAAAGUGAUCUGUUUAAGGACUUUCAUGAGAAGUACUCGGACAAUUGUGAUGACCAGGAUGAUUCCCUCCUAAGAUCCGAUGGUUCCUUUAAUCCAUCAGAUCCUUACGGAAUCCAAAGAAAGGAAAAACAUGCUUUACCUCCUCGCUGGGUUGACCAAGAAGAGGAAAUCGAAGAGUAUAUUAUCGAAAUCAACGAAGCUCUCCUCAAAUUUGAGAAAGAGUGUAAUAAGAUCAAGCGACAUGAGUAUAUGGUCAAGGAGGAUGUCCCAAUACAAGCUAUUGAUAGGUUGAAUUCAGAAAUUAUCAACCUGAUUCGGAAAAGUGAGAAUACUUUGAGCGAGAUCAAAUCAAUCCCUCUAGAUGACCAUGUUGACCGGAAGGUGAAGGAUAAUGUUCAUUACUCCUUGGCUAUUAAGCUAAAAGGAUGAACAAGUAAAGCAAAUAAGAUCCAAAAAGAAUUGGUGGCAUAUAUGGAAUCUCAUUACAAGAAGGAUGAUGAUACUAACAAACCAGGAAACCUACUUGACGGCUUUGACGAUGACGAAGAAAUGAAUCAACAAGAAGUCAUGCAAAGGCAAAUAGCAGCAGUAAAAGACGAAGAGAUUGAAGAUAUGGUAAAAGCCGCGAACGACCUUGCAUCUCUCUUUAAAGAGCUAUCUGUUCUGGUUAUUGAGCAAGGAACGGUACUUGAUAGAAUUGACUAUAAUGUUGAAACAGCCCUUGUUCAUACAAAGAAGGGGAGGAAGCAUUUAGUCAAAGCUAAAGAAUACUCUGAAAGUUCUCGAGCUAGGAAUAUCAUUCUAUGUCUUGCCGCCUCUAUUCUCUUUUGUAUCGUCAUUCUGAUAAUCAAAAAGUAUUAA